AUGCUGACCAAGUAUCUUUUGUGGACCGUGUACGCGGUCAUUGGGUUGGUCAAUGCCGCCCAAAUUACAAAUGGGAAGACUUACGAGCCAAAUCCACCAGUUACCCACCGCGUUUUCUUUACCAUCGAAUAUACGGAUAAGGACACUGAAAAAUUGCAAGAGCUUGACAUUACUAUGGAAUUGUACGGUACAGUGGUUCCCAGGACUGUUGAUAACUUCGCCAAGAUCGCUAAGGGUGUUACAGCCGUGAUGAGAGGCAAAGAUGAGAAGACUGAACGUUUCACACUGGGUUACCAGGACUCGCUUUUCCACCGCGUCGUGCCCAACUUCAUUAUCCAAGGUGGUGACAUUCUACCUGGUGUGAGCUCCUUCAAUAUCUACGGUGGUCUUCACUUUGAAGACGAGAACUUCACGCUCAAGCAUGACAGACCCGGUAGAAUGUCGAUGGCCAACCUUGAUAAACCCGACACUAACGCGUCUCAAUUUUUCAUUGUCACUUCUUCAGACCCUCAAACGCAUCUGGAUGGCAAGCACGUAGUGUUUGGCCAAGUAGUAGCCGGUCUAGAUGAGCUCAUGCAGAAAGUGCAGUUCGUGGAGGUAGACGGAGACUACAAGCCGUUGAAAGACAUUCUGUUGAAGUAUGCCCUCGUUGAAGAAUUACAAAUUACCACCAAGGAAGAGCUUCAUCAAGACUGGUUGGUGAGAUUGCAGAAAUACCAAAAUGGGGACGUCACGCAAGGCACCACCAUGGACUUCACAUUAGCACAAGGUCAAAAAGAGGAAGCAAUUAUGAGGGAUGAAAAAUACGCCCAGCUUCACCACCCUGCUGUCAAGGUCGCCCUGGGAUUCGCAAUUCUUCUAGUUAUUUACUUGCUUGUCAGAAACAGAGCCCGUAUCUUUGGUAGAAGUGCCAAAAUCGUGUCAAUGAGACAUGAUUAA